GACUGUGUCUCCAUGCUGGUUGGGAACAAUGAAAGAGUUCAAGCCAUCAUCAGUCAGCUGGAUGAAACCUGCAGAGCCAUUGAUGAAAACAGCCGCAGACAGAAGUCACGGAUCUGUGAGACGUUUGAUCACCUGUUCGUUCUGCUGGAGGAGAAGAAGAGCGAGAUGACACUGAAGAUCAAUGCUGAGCAGGAGGAGAAGCUGGACUACAUCCGAGGUCUGAGGAAGAAGUACAGCGAGCACCUGGAGGGCACGGCCAAGCUGCUGGAGACCGCCAUCCAGACCAUGGACGAGUCUGAGAUGGCCGUGUUCCUUCAGAUGGCCAAACCUUUGCUACAGAAACUAAUGGAGGGCACCAACACAUCUCACCUGGAUAAAGUUCAACACGGCUACGAGGAUAUGAAGCACUUCAAGGCCAACUUUGAGUGUCAGAGGAAAGCGCUGGCUGAAAUCAGCUUCAAAAGUAAUUACCUGUCCUGAUAAAUCACAGGGGC